UCAAGUGAAACUGGCUGUGCUAGAAGAGUACUGUUUCAUCUACAGAAGAUGAGACCCUGGACGAAAAUGGCUCAGCCCCACCUGUGGAUCUUGCUUCUGUGCCUGCAAACCUGGCUGGUAGCAGCUGGAAGGGAUGCAGACUCAUUCCUGAAUGGGAUUCUUGGGGAGUCAGUUACUUUUCCCUUAAAUAUCCAAAAAUCACAGCAAGUUAAGUCCAUUGCUUGGACUUCUGAAUCAUCUGUUGCUGUCAUUACACCAGGAAAAACACCCAACAUUAUUGUAACCCACAAUAAUUAUAAUGGACGAAUAACAGUCAUACAAGAGAACUACAACCUGAUCAUUAGUGACCUGAGGAUGGAAGAUGCAGGAAAAUACAAGGCGGACAUCACUAUCACCACCGCCGCCGCCGCCACCACCACCACAAAGAACUACGACCUUCAUGUCUACCGUCGGCUUGGGAGGCCAAAAAUUACUCAGAGUUUAAUGACAUCUAUGAAUGGUACCUGUAAUGUCACACUGACAUGCUCUGUGGAGAAAGAAGAAAAGAAUGUGUCAUACAGCUGGGGUUCCCUGGAAACAGAGGGCAAUGUCCUUCAAAUCAUCCAGACCCCUGGGAACCAAGGGCUGAAUUACACAUGUACAGCCUGGAACCCUGUCAGCAACAAUUCCAGCUCUAUCUCUUCCCAGCAGCUCUGUGCAGACAUUGCAACAGACUUCCAUACUCGCCACACCGGGUUGCUGAGUGGGCUGGCUGUAAUAUUUUUGGUUGUUCUCAUUCUACCUUCAGUGUUACUAUUCCAUUUGUGGAAAAGAAAGCAAGAUGCUGCCUCAGAGAACAUAAUAUACACAUAUGCCAGGGUUUCAAAAGACACCCAGCCAGCAGAGGCCAAAAUCUAUGAUGAAAUCUCCCAAUCCAAGGUGUCACCCUCCAAGAACGAGUCAUUGAAAACAAUUUAUUCAACAGUGCAGUACUCUGAUGGGAUGAAGAAAACCAAUACACUGGGCAGCAAACCUCCCAAGGCUUCAGGCUAUGAGAUGGUGAUCUAGGCUGGUGGACAGCAUUCUCUUUCCGGAAGCUGUUGCUGGGCAUGGUGUGUGGCCUGAUGGACACAUGGAUCUUGCCCUUUGUGAUGGGCUCCCUUCUAGAUGAAUGACAAGGAAAUUUCCCAUGUACAGUGCUUCCCAAACUUCUUCACAUCACAGCAUAUGUAGAAAAUAAUAGUUUUAUGGCAUACUGGGUUCAACUGAGUUACAAACACAAAUAGCAUCAGGAACCCUGAACCUAGACCUUCUCCGUCCAGCUUUUACUGGGAGGUUGCACAUCAAGGUUGCUCAUGUCCAGAGGCUGCACAUGGCUGAGGAUUCUUGUGGCUAGAGAUGAUAACCUUGUGCAGCAGCUGUUGAAGAAAGGAUCGAUAUUUUGCACAUCUGUAACAUGCUGUGGCACAUCAGCUGGGAUGUUCUGCUCACACUCACCGUAUUCGAAAACCCCUGGUAUAUGGCCUCCACUAUCCUUACAGCAACUUGCAGAUGCUGUCACUCACUCGCAUGCACGGCGUGGUGAGCAGAAUGUGAGCUGUGUAUCAGCCCAUCCCCAUUCCUUUGCCCAGGAACCUUCGUGCAUGACACAACUGACUCAACCAGCUAAAACAUAGAUGACCAUGUUGCGUGGGAUGCUGUCAGAGUUUGGGCUCUUGGCUUGUAGAGGUGCUCUCCAAAUGAAACAUUAGAAAAUACUCUUUCUGGCCAAGCUUCCCUUCUGUGUCAUUCCAAGCAGCUUCAACAAGAACAUGCCAUCUUCAGGAUUCCCAGUCUCCAAAAGGAAUUGAGCAACUAUAUUUCUGCCACUUUAGGGAACUGGGUGUAACCCAGCCAUCAAAACAAGAGACCUUGGAGGAAGCAGAGUCAUUUGCAAGAGGGAACUUGAGAAAUGACGAUGCAGAAGAUGAAAGUGGGUCCACACCAGUUCCUAAGGCUCAGAUCAGAGAGGCAUGAGGUUCGAGCUGAGGCUGAGUGUGCUCCCCCCACCAACCCCUAAACACACACACACACACACACACACACACACACACACGGACAAACUGCCUAGUCAUGAGGCGAAAUCACCCAAAACUGAGCAAGACAGUCUUGUGAUCAUUUGAGGAAAUGUUUGCCUUUUAUGUUAGCAAACCUACCCAGCUAAAUUCCAGUCUGGACAGCUUUUGCAUGUGGUAGAAGUCCCAUAAAUGAAUCCACAGACUCUUCUAGCACUAAUUACUAUUGGUAGAGCUGCAAGGCCCCAGGGCAGUGGAGGCAAACCUGUGGCGUGCAUGGUGCAUGGGGCUGUUUGUGUCACUGAAAGCUCUAAAAGACUCACUAUCACUGCCCCAAGGUAUAAGUUGAGCACAAAUCCCUUUCUGAUCUAGCUGACAGGCAGUUCCAACACAAACACUGUGGUUAAGUCCUGAACCACAACUGCAAGUUGGCAUAAACUGGAGCAGAUGAGAAAAGACCUAACAGUCGGCAGAGCUAAAUCUGGCCCUCCAAGGAUGGAAAGGAUCAGGAUGAAGAAGGAGGAAGACAGACGGUCUCCAAGCGAGGAACACAUGAAAAAUAGAAGCCUAGAUCUGUGGUGUGCAUCCCAAAUCCACUCACAGGCCCAGGGUCCCUUGCCUAUGUGUAACUGAGUGCCUCUGCCAGAAUCUGUGCCCUAGUCCAUUUAUCUGUCUCUCACUAUCCACCUCAAACAGCUCCUCUUAUGAAGCUUUCCUGUGUAUCACCAGUUAAAAUUAAACGCAGCUAUUUUUGCACUC